AAGCCACUACCCUUCACUUCACUAAGUGUGAAUUUUGGGUUUAUUUCGUUCUCUGGUGUUUCAUCUUGUUGCAUUGUUGUUAUGCGCUCUUUUUAGUACGUCACUUUAAAACUUUUGGAGAAGUGAAGACCUUGCUUGUUCAGAAAUGUAUUUACUUAUUUUUUGUUGAGCAGUUGAGAUUUACGAAUAAGAAACUCGGAUUAAAGCUUUACUCUUUUGGCUAUCUGUUACUUACAGUACUUCAAAGGCCAGGGAUUUAUAUACUUUCGCAGUUUCCAUCACACGUGGAAUUGAGAAAUUUAAUUCUGUCCACCCGAGCUGUGCUAUUACAGUGGAUCAUUGAGGCUGUACUACUGCUCUGUGCUCCUUUGGUUAUAUUCCUGCCUGGUACCAUGUGGUAAGGAUGAUGCCCACGUCUAGGCUGUCUAGUGUAAACGGAUUCCUGGAGGAUUCCAGGAUGGAGACGUCCGAUAUAGGCAGGUUCCUCAGGAGCCUGGAAGAAGGAGUUGUUAUGGCUGUAUUUUACCAAAAGAAGUCUCAGCGGCUGGAAAGGCGAACAUUCCAAGUUAAAAUGGAUACCAGGCAAAUUAUCUGGAGCAGGUCUCCUGAUAAAAUUGAAGGCGAAAUUGAUAUUCGUGAGGUUAAAGAGAUUCGUCCAGGGAAGAAUUCAAGAGAGUUUGAACGGUUUACAGAAGAUGCUCGUAAAAUGGAUACUACUUUGUGUUUUAUUUCCUUGUAUGGAUCAGACUUCCGACUGAAGACCCUCAGUGUUGCAGCUUACUGUGAAGAAGAUGUUAAUCUGUGGAUAAAUGGUUUGAAUUGGUUGGUUGCAGACACAGUUAAAUCUCCUACCCCUCUUCAGGUGGAAAGAUGGCUGCGGAAGCAAUUUGAAAUGAUGGAUAGAAACAGAGAAGGCAGCAUUACUCCAAAGGAUCUUAAGGUGAUGCUUCCACAGGUGAAUUAUCGAGUGCCCAAUAUGAGAUUUCUGCGGGACAAAUUAGUGGAAAUUGAAGCCAGAGUUGAUAUGAGCUUUGUACACUUCCUACAGUUCUACAGGAACCUGAUGUUUGAUGCUCAGAGAUCGAUAAUCGAACAACUUGAUUUGACAUGCCCAUUGCGGAAUGUUGAUAGACCAGAACUCUGCAAGGUCACUUUGUAUGAUGUACAGAAAUUUCUGCAAUAUGAUCAAAAGGAAAGCUGGGCAAAUGAUAUCAACAAAGUUCGGGAGCAUAUGUGCAGUUACCUAAAGGACCCACUAAGGGAACUGUCAGAACCGUUUCUUCAGCUGGAAGAGUUUUUGACAUACCUGUUCUCUAAGGAAAACACAAUCAUGGAGUCCAAGUUUGACAAAGUGGUACCAGAAGAGAUGAACUACCCUCUUUCCCAGUACUGGAUCUCAUCUUCCCACAAUACGUAUCUUACAGGUGAUCAGUUUUCAAGUGAGUCCUCACUAGAGGCUUAUGCCAGGUGUCUUCGGAUGGGCUGCCGAUGCAUAGAAUUGGACUGCUGGGAUGGUCCAGAUGAUCUGCCAAUCAUUUACCAUGGGCACACACUGACCACAAAAAUUAAAUUCCUGGAUGUCUUGUAUACAAUAAAAGAACAUGCCUUUGUUACAUCUGACUAUCCCGUUGUUCUCUCAAUUGAAGACCACUGCAGUGUUGUACAGCAAAGGAAUAUGGCAUCUCACUUUAAGAAAGUCUUUGGAGACAUGUUGUUGACAAAACCUGUAGACAUUAAUGCAGAUGAGCUACCAUCCCCUAAUCAGCUCCGGAGGAAGAUACUAAUCAAGCACAAGAGGUUGGUGGAAGGAAAUCUUUAUGAAGAAGUCUCCACUGCCAGCUACUCAGAGAAUGACAUCAGCAAUUCUAUUAAAAAUGGAAUUCUUUUCCUUGAAGACCCCAUAGAUCAUACUUGGAGCCCUCAUUAUUUUGUCCUGACAAGUAACAAGAUCUACUACUCUGAGGAAACUUCUCGUUACCAGACCAAUGAUGAUGAAGAUGAUGAUGACCAGAAAGAGGAGUUCAACAAUAAUGAUUUGCACUUUACGGAGAAGUGGUUUCAUGGCAAGCUGGGUGGUGGAAGAGAUGGGCGUCAGAUUGCUGAGAAACUGCUCCAUGAAUAUUGUACUGAAACAGGCAGAAAAGAUGGUACAUUCUUGGUGCGGGAGAGUGAGACCUUUGUGGGUGACUACACCCUGUCAUUCUGGAGAUCAGGUAGAGUACAGCACUGUCGAAUCCACUCACGACAAGAAGCUGGCACUACAAAGUUUUACCUUACAGACAACUUGGUGUUUGAUAGUCUCUAUGCACUUAUCAGUCACUAUCGUGAGGUUCCUCUUCGCUGCAAUGAAUUUGAGAUGCGACUUACUGAUCCAGUGCCACAACCUAAUGCUCACGAGAGCAAAGAUUGGUACCAUGCCAAUCUUACAAGACUGCAAGCGGAGCACAUGCUCAUGAGGGUGCCACGGGAUGGAGCCUUCUUGGUUCGUAAACGGAAUGAGUCCAACUCUUAUGCCAUUUCAUUCAGAGCAGAAGGAAAGAUCAAGCACUGCCGGAUUCAGCAGGAGGGACGUCUCUUCAUGCUUGGCAGCUCAGCUGAGUUUGAGAGCCUUGUUGACUUGGUGAAUUACUAUGAGAAACAUCCACUUUAUCGCAAGAUGAAGCUCCGAUAUCCCAUCAAUGAAGAAACUCUAGAAAAGAUGGGUACCACGGAACUAGACUAUGGUGCACUGUAUGAAGUGAGGACUCCACAUUUCUAUGUAGAAGCAAACAAAAUGCCAACAGCAAGGUGCACAGUGAAGGCCUUAUACGAUUACAGAGCCCAAAGAGAAGAUGAGCUGUCUUUCUGUAAGCAGGCAAUAAUUCAUAAUGUAGAUAAACAGGAUGGCGGGUGGUGGCGAGGUGACUAUGGUGGCAAAAAACAACUCUGGUUUCCAGCAAACUACGUGGAAGAAAUAACAAGCACUGUUGUACAGGAGCAAGAUGAAGCAUCUGCAGAAAACAGUCCACUAGGGAGCUUCCUGAAAGGAUAUAUUGAUGUACCAUCUUGCCAUGUUGUUGUUCAAAAGGAUGGCAAGUGCUCCAAGCCCUAUGUCUUCACUAUCCAUUCCCAACAGAUGUCACAUCCUUCCCAGUCACUAGAUGUAGCUACCAGCACCUUGGAGGAACUGAAUGACUGGGUGAUUAAAAUUAAGGAAGCCACACAGAAUGCAGAUGCUAGGAUGCAAGAAGGAAAGAACAUGGAACGACGGAAAAAGAUUGCCCUGGAAUUGUCUGAAUUGGUAGUUUAUUGCCGACCAGUUCCAUUCGAUGAAGAAAAGAUUGGUACAGAUAAAGCUUGUUAUCGGGAUAUGUCUUCGUUCCCAGAAACAAAAGCAGAAAAGUAUGCCAACAGGAGUAAAGGCAAAAAGUUCCUCCAAUACAAUCGCCGGCAACUCAGCCGUAUUUACCCCAAAGGUCAGAGGCUGGACUCUUCUAACUAUGAUCCUUUGCCCAUGUGGAUCUGUGGCAGUCAGCUGGCUGCACUCAACUUUCAGACACCAGACAAACCGAUGCAGCUGAACCAGGCUCUGUUUAUGCUCGGCGGGAAGAGUGGCUAUGUUCUACAACCAGACAUCAUGAGAGAUGACAGUUUUGACCCAUUUGACAAGAACAGCCUGAAAGGAGUAGAGCCCAUUACAGUGCAGCUACAAAUCCUUGGAGCACGUCAUCUGCCCAAGAAUGGAAGAAGUAUUGUUUGUCCCUUUGUAGAGGUAGAGGUGUGUGGAGCGGAGUAUGACAACAGCAAGAACAAAACAGAAGUUGUGCCUGAUAAUGGAUUGAACCCUGCCUGGCAACACAGUGCAUUUGUAUUUGACAUCAACAACCCAGAGUUUUCUUUCUUGAGAUUUGUUGUAUAUGAAGAGGACAUGUUCAGUGACCCCAACUUCCUCGCUCAGGCAACCUUUCCAGUGAAAGCACUCAAACCAGGAUACAGAUCAGUGCCUUUGAAGAACAGUUAUAGUGAAGAACUGGAACUUGCUUCAUUGCUGGUACAUAUAACAAUAGUCAAUGCAAAGGAAGAAGAUGAUGAAAAUCUUUACUCUUCCAUUCAACAACUGAGGGAUCGAGCCAGUGAACUCUCAAACCAAGUAUCCACAUUUGACCGCAGUAACAACUCUGACCCACGUUAUCAGCAGUGGAUGGAUGAGCUGCGGGCAGCUCAGGAACAGCUGAUGGAGCUAACUGAAGUUAGGAAUAAGAAGCUUACAGAAAAAAAGAAGCGGGACAGACUGUUGGUGAAUAGGCGCACCUAAGAACACCAUGGCUUCCACUCAACAUGGACAAUUUUAGAACUCUACUGGUUUCAAAGUAAACCUUAAGACUCUCAUUUCUUUCUCCCUUUCCCGUGGAUAUCUUGUCUACUGACAUGAGAGAGGCUCUGUGAUCCUGUAUCUCCAAAAUAUGAAACACUAUUUCACAGAUUGGAGCAGGGUGUAAUGCUUUGUCCAGUUCCAGAUCACAGCAGAAUGCAAAGUUUACUAAAUGAUGCAGUGCUGGUGCCUUUUAUUCUUUAACUGUAUAUUUUGCUUUCUGAGAAUUGAAGUUUACUUGGAAUGUAUUGUAACAAUGUCCUUGCAAAACUCUAUCAUAUAAGUUCCCCAGGUCAGCGGUUGCUCGAUAUGCAAUGGUUUAGUGAAAUGAGCUCCGCAAAUGCAUUAUGAGAGAAGAACAGGCUGGCUGAUAAAAAAAAAACUUCUCAACUAUAUAGCUUUUUUUUUUUUUUUUUUUUUUUGUAAUGAAGCAGUGCUACCUUCUCUGAAGUGAAGCAGUGGAUUAAGAUAAAUAUACAGGUUUGCCUGCAAGACAAACUUUCUGUCAUUUUUAAGUCUGCCCAUUUGUAUUGGUCAGUACAACAGGACAUACAGCAGUGUGUGUAUUAUAUGCCUGUUUUAAUUUCCUAGUGCAUGCUAUAGUACAUACAAACUAGGGCUGUAAAUCCGAGUGGAAAAAAACAAACCUAAAAAGCUAAUAUUAAAAAUAAGUUGUCUUGGCAGCAGCAUAUGGAAAUGAUGAAAGAAGCAGCCUGUAGAUUAUAUGUACAUGUUGAUAAGGGAAAAGAAAGUUCAAAUUAAGUUACAUGAGCAAACUGGAAUAAAAGAAGAAAGGAGGGAGAAAAACGGCUUGUCAAGAGGUUGAAAAUAAGACCUGUGGAGAUUCACAGUAGAAAAUAGAAAACAAAAUAGGAAUGCCUGGGUGUAACAUAAAAAAAAAAAACUGGUUCACUUUUUACAUGAUUGAAAAUUCAGCACCUGGAGGAAUCAAGUGGUAUGGACUGAACAAAUAAAGUAAUAAAUGGAAUAGUUCAUAACAGUGGUGCAAUCCAUCAUCUAGACACUGUAAAGAAGAAUAUUUCAUGGUGAACAUGACAUACACAAUCAAGACUAUUAAGAAAACUGACCAUGAUUUUGGCAGGCUCAAAGACAACAUACAUAGUGGUCUGUCUGUAGGAACAGACUGUGGAUGAUUGGCUGUAUACAUAAAGGAAGAAGUCAUGCACCAGAUGGUUGUUGCUCUAGGGUUGUCAUUCUUGCUUCAGACGUGAGAAGCCUUGAGUUCAAAUCGCUAAUAAGACCAGUGUUUUAGGGAGAGAGGUGACAUAAUGAUUAAGGUUUUAACCUUGCAGAUGCAAAGUAUGGGGCUUGUUUCUGACCCCUGUUUUUUGGCUAUGCUUGUAAUAGUGUGCAGACUGGUAGCAUAGAAACUAUAAUAAUAAUCAGAUGUUGUCCAUUUAGAAGGCAAACCACUCUAAUUUCCAGAAGAUGCUGCAUUGAUUUGUCAGCAGAAGCAAGUGUAUUUAGGUGAGUUUGAGUCACUGCAUAGACAUGAGGCAGUCCUGUAUGUUGACUUCACCAAGUCAUUUGACUCAUUAGAAAACAUUAUGGCAGGGUGUUGGGACUUGUGUUCACACUGUAUUUUAGGUGUUCUUCUUUGGAAAGAAAUAAUAGCAGAUGGUAAAGAGUUCUUGGAAGUCUGAGAUUUUUAGAGGAAUUGGUGGUCAUUCUUAUGGGAACACCAUUGUAACAAACAUCAGAGCACAGUCUAGUUCAAGAAUGACACUAGCUUAUAUGCAUCAGGGGCAACUGUGCAGAUAAGGGCAUAGCCAUGUCAUACAAAUUGUCAGAGAUUUUACUGUUUAGGAUUAAUACUAAUAUCAAGCAGGAAAAAAUCAUAGAGUAUAACGAGCAAAGGGGCUCUGAAAUACAGUGUUGUUUUAACUGUCCUGAUCUUGUGAGGCCAUUGAUUUUUUGCCAUUGGCCCAUAGAAAAGAAUCAGAUCAGUUCAGUGCUUUACUUGGAACAUCUAGGAGGGACUGAAAAAGAAAGAAAAUAAUUUUCAGAGGAAAACUGGAGUGAGGAGCAGCAUACCUUUGUUUUGAAAUCCCUUGAUGUUAAUUAGAUAACUGUCAACUGUGUUUUCAGCCUUAAUGGAAUAAAACCAACCCGGUCAUAAUUUAAAGCUGAUGAUACAGUGUGAGGAGGGAAUUAAGUGGUACUUCUAGGAGGGUGGUGUCUGUGUGUAGUAAGCUACCACUGAAAGUUUUACCACAGAGCUCCCUCAGUUGAGUAUAAGAAAUGUUAAAGAAAAAGUUACUCUUGAAAAGGAAUGGCAAAACUUAAAAGUGGUCAUUAAGGAAGUUGAGAUGUAUAAACUUUUAUCUUCAAACAUUUUAUUGUUAAUGUCAAAAAAUAUUGCUUAUCAGAAGUAUGUUAAUUACUGGAGUACCCUGCCCAGUAAAUAAUGGAACCUAAACUUUAUCUGGCUGUGUGUGUGUGUAGAUAAAUAGAUAUAGAUAUAUAUAGAUACACAUACACA